AAACUGCACUUCAGCAGUCUGCCUCUGGAGUUGAAUAUACAUUCAAUUGUAAAAAGUGUUGAAUAUAGAAUAUGUAUACGUAUUCUCACCACUACCUUUGAAGAAUAGUGUGUUGCUGGAGCGCCACACGCCUCCCGAUGUGUGCCAGUGCCAGCUUCUGUCACUGCUUUCUUCUCCUCGGCUUCUCUCGACGCGCAUUGGACGGUUCACAGUGCGUAAGCUCCACUGAAACUGUAGCCUAUCGCCUGUCUACAUAAACAUCGAAAGAUGGAGGCUUGAAACCGGACUUUCGCUGAAUAUUUGAGCCACUUGGUGCCAAAGUGUAAUUGGAAGUGGCAUCUUGGCUCCGGGAUCGGACCUCUGCGUGUUCUGCUGCUGCUGGAGUUGCGCUCAGGACUUGCCUGGGAGUGGAUGUACGCUGACCAAUGUUGCUAUUUGAACUUCUUUACUUUUAUAUAUUAUAACAUACAUGAUGUUGUGCGGGAACUGCUUCUAUUCGUCCACAAGUGUCGGACUUUACGCACUGCAUAGCAGCCAACUUCAGGUGACUGGUGAUGCGGAGGAUACAGAGCAGACAAACUGAGGACAAGGGACUGAAUCCGUUUUCAGUUUGGCUGUUUUGGAGAAAAUCGUUUCGGAGUUUACUGAGAUCAUUUUGAAGAUGUAUCAAUAUAUAUGUUUUCCCUGGGUUUAUGCAAUUCCUCAGACAUAAUCUUCUUUCUUUUCGAAAAAUGCUUCAAAGAGUGAUGCAAAGCUGUGCGCAAGUUCUUUCUCUACAGUUCUUGAUUGUUCCAGACAAACACAAGUAGACAGGACUCAAGUGACAAGGCUUCAAAUGUGUUGUUCUCACAUAGUGAGCUUUUUUAGCACUUGCAAAUGACUGGAUGAAGCAUGGCGAUUUUACCAGAAAAGAUGAUUUUGCAAUUUUUACUAACGAUGCUACAAGUUGGAUUUUCUUCUUUGAAUUAAGCCAAUUGGCUUCCAUAACAAUUUUUCAAGGGGAUACUCGUUUGCCUAACGAGUCAAAGAAACAUGUUGCACAUCCUUGCGCUUCAGUCGGCGGUGUUACUUUUUGGAGUAGCCAACUGUCGAGUGUUAGAAGGACUACAGAGAUAUUCCUCCAUCCCCACAUACCUGCCUGUCAACUACCAGGUGCUCAACGCUGACUUGGCUUUCUUCCUGAAAGAAGCCAACCAGGACUUUAUGAGGAACUCUAGCCUGAUGUCGCGGACUGAGCCCUUCUUCAUCUACCAGGCCAGAAGUUUGCCCUCCAUCAACACCAGCUAUGGGCCUCUGUCUGUGGAGCAGCCUGUCCCGUUAGAGCUCCUACAGACCCCGGGGACGUUUCCCACCUCUUCUGUUUUUACCUUCAACUGGAAGGUGCAGACCUUCAUCAUGAAAACCAGGAUUCACUUGGCGAAGCCCAGGGUCCAGGUGCUGUUUUAUGUUGCCGGCAGGGACUGGGAUGACUACAGCGCCAUCGACAAGCUGCCCUGCGUGCACAUGUUUGCUUUCCAUGAGACCCAGGAAGUGCGUGGCAGUUGCCAGCUGAAGGGGGGUCUGGGUUUGUGCGUGGCCGAGCUGGAGCCCUUGGCCGGUUGGUUCAGCCCACCCAGCGUAGUGCCGGGCCGCCAGAAGAACCUGGAGAUGUCCGAGGGCACACCGGUGGAGCUGUACUACAUGCUGCAGUCCACAGAGGGGGGGGAGUGCCACUCAGAGGAGGCCAGGAAGGACAACAUCAUCCGCUCAAGCCAGGAGGGGCCGUUUGGUUCCUACACCUCCACACCGCUGCGGAGGAUCGGGGGUGUGAGGCUCUACCAGAACCCCGCUCCUCCACCCCUCGCUGAACACAGGCUGGAUAAUAACUUUAUGGUCCUGGUGCCAGCCUCACCCAUGAGACAGAGGGAAACCAUCUCUGCUUUCAUCAGCGUGGCAGCCUUCUCUCCCGUGGAGAUGUUUACUCUCAGGGUGAAGUUGAAAGAAGGAGUGACGUUUCUCGGGGCUCGUCCCAGCAAUCCCACUCAGUGGAUGGUGAGCCAGGAUGUGAGGAGCGAAGGCCACCGAGUGGUGACUCUUCACUGCCGCAGGAAGGAGUCGGGCUACGAUCAGCAAAGGUCUGAAAUGGGAGUUCAGAGGGUGCUCCAGGUGGAUCUGAAAAUGGAAAGCUUUCCGGAGCCGCUGGGCAGCCGAUGGAUGGCCUGGCAGGUGGAGUACCCGUCCAGUCGUGCUGCCACACAAGAGGCUGAGACGGAGAUCAAGCUGGCGCAGGAGGACCUGGCGGGCAUCGUGCCACUGGCCAUGGACUCUGAGAUUUUGAACACGGCGGUGCUGACCGGGAAGACAGUGGCUGUGCCAGUGAAGGUGGUGACCGUUGGAAUAGACGCUUCUGUUACUGACAUCUCGGAAGCAGUCAAGUGUAGCUCUACAGACGAAGAUGUGGUCAAGGUGUCGGACAGGUGCGACUAUGUUUUUGUUAACGGCAAGGAGAUGAAGGGCAAGGUGAAGAUGAUGGUGAACUUCACCUACGGAUACCUGAGCUCUCAACUGGAGCUCAAUGUGUGGAUCCCUCGACUCCCCCUCCAGAUUGAAGUGUCAGACACCGAGCUGAGCCAGAUCAAAGGGUGGAGAGUACCUGUCAUGGCCACCAGUCAGAGGUCCACACAGGACAGCGAGGACGAGGAUGAUGAGGACAGACGUGGACGAAGCUGCACUCUUCAGUACCAGCACGCCAUUGUCAGGGUCCUGACACAUUUUGUGGCUGAGUCAGCAGAUCCCCGAGGCCAGACCAGCUUCAUGCUGGGCACUGAUUGGCAGGUGGACAUCACAGAGCUGGUGUGGGACUUCCUGAAGGUGGAGGACCCCCAAAUUGCAAAGAUACUGGACAGGAGGAUACUGGUGGGGCUGAACAUGGGGAUGACCACUAUCCAGGUGUUGUCUCCUCUAUCCGACUCCAUCCUGGCAGAGAAGACUGUCACAGUGGUGGAUGACAAAGUGACCAUCACAGAGUUGGGGGUCCAGCUGGUCACGGGCCUCUCUAUGAGUCUGCAGCUCAGUACAGGAAGCAACAGAGCCAUCCUGGCUACCACCACAACACAGGAGAUUCUGCAGAGCCCCAAACAGGAAGCCUUGAUCAGCGCCUGGCUACAGUUUAGUGACGGCUCUGUGGCUCCUCUUGACCUGUAUAAUCCAGAUUUUUUUGUCCUGACGGCCACAUCCCUCGAUGAAGAGAUUGUGACAGUGCAGCAGAACCCCUCGUGGAAAUGGCCUGUGAUAGUGACGGAGGCGGAGGGCCAAGGCCUGCUGGUCAGGGUGGAAAUGACUGUUUGCGAAACCUGUCAGAAGUUUAAGCGCCGCAGCAUCCUGGCCGCGGGUAACUGUAACGUCAGAGUGAAGUUUGGUCGGAGUGACAGCGCGAGGGGAAGGGGCAGCGACUACAGCCCUGAUGUAGACGAUAUGGAGAACAGAGGCAGGCUCUCCCCCUCCCAGGACGUGACCGGCCCUAUCACACACUACUAUGGCAGCUCCAUCUCUGACAUGGAGGAUGGGGUGUUAAGGAGAGCCACCACCACUAGAAGUGCCAUAUUGCACAGACCAAACGGGGAUAAACGUUCAGAUGAUCAUAGCCAGAACAUGCCAAUUGACUUUGCUGACUUCCCUGCACAAGUGGACCUGCCCCGUGGCCGCAAUAUAGAUGAUGACCUUAUUCAGACCGCUCGUGGACUUACAGAUCUGGAGAUCGGCAUGUAUGCCCUGCUGGGGGUCUUCUGCCUCGCCAUCCUGGUUUUUCUCAUCAACUGCAUCUCCUAUACGCUGAAAUACCGCCACAAGGAGCUCUCGAUUGAAGGCCAGGAGAACAUGAACCAUGCUCAUGAUUGGGUAUGGCUUGGCAACGAGGCAGAGCUGCUCGAGAGCCAGAUCAGCCUGUCGCCCCAGCAGGAGGAACAGACCUCUAUGAUAGACUCCAGCAGCGGGCUGGAGGAAGGAAGCCACCUGCUGAACGGGGGAUCGGCCCAGAAGAACGUGCAGGGCCAAGUGCACCGGGGAGCAGAUACAGGGUGCACAGUCAAGGACAGUAAAGGAGACUCCCCCACCACCAAGAGGAAGAGAGUCAAGUUCACCACGUUCACCACCAUCCCCUCGGACAGUAGCUACCCCACUGUUAACACACUGACUGGGAGCCACUGCCAGGACAUUAAGUGGGUGUGCCAAGAUGUGGAGCUGGGAGACUCCAAGGAGUUGCGCAAUUACAUGGAAAGGUUAAGUGACAGUGCUUUAAAAGAGGUGGCAUAAUGAACUGCGUGCACUUGUAACAAACUCACCCUUAUGCCUUUCAGAGGACAGUGGGUCUGGACUGAAACCGGAACCGGAAAUUGACGUCAGAAUCAUCCCAAACUGCCAAAGGGUCAUUAUAUUAAAGAGGAUUGUGGUGAUUCCACAAGUGACUGAUGAUGAAUCAUUUAUGGAAAAAAAAAAGUCAAUGAAAGAGGACGUCACGUGAUUCUUUUGUUCCUUUGUUAAUCAGAUGAUUAGCUUUUGAUCGUUAAUUUUAAUACUACAGGGUUUAGAUAGGAUGAACCCAGGACUAGCAGCAACUACGACGUGUACAAUUCAGACGACAUGUAGAUUUUAAAACAAACCGUAAGAUGGCUAGAUAGAUGUUCCGGAUGUGUGUGCACAUUAAAUGAUUUUGGAAGUUUUGUAACAUUUUGGAUUUUAAUUUCUUACGUCAGAUCAUUAAUCUGUGGAAGAGUUCUGUAAAAGCCAAAGCAAGCGAUGAGACAUUUCUGCAUGUAGAUGAAAAAAAAACAAAGGCACAACUUUCUGGUUCAUUCUCCUUAACACAGCAGAAAGCCUGUUCUGUACAGUCUCCAAAGCAUUGUAUUGUUGCUCUGUAUCUUGUAUUUUCAUAACAUUUAAGAAAUACACAACAAUAUCAAGAGUGUGUAUCAGCUUUUCUU